AUGUGCUUACAAGCUACGCAUCCCCUCGGCCUGGUGGGCACCCACUCCGGGAACAUGGGUAAAGAGCUUGCCGAUCAGAUGUUCUUGUCUGCCUUGCAUCGGCGAAUGGCCUGGAGAUGCUGGGGUGCCCUCCGUCGCUUGAGGUUCGGCUUGAUGGCGCGCCUCCCCGGGACCACGAGAUCCGGCAGCAGCUGUGUCCACGCUGCUGGAGCAACACGCGGAGACAAAGGCUUUGGCGGCGUGCGACCAGAGCCGUCGACGACAGUGGAGGCCAGCUGCAGGCAUGGCUGGUGCAGUAGCUGGUGCUGCUGGCAUCUCUUGGGAAGCUGA